UUGCGUGUGUGUGUGUUUGUGUGUGUGUGUUUGUGUGUGUGUCAGCAUAUGUCUCAGGUGACUGUACAGCAGGGUUGACCCUGUUGUGAAAACAGCAGUGUAGUGAAACACAUUUAGUGACAUGUGAUUCCAUUUCUGGAAGUGAGAAUUGUCAGAACCUUUACUGACCUCACCACAGAAAACUGUUGAGAUUCUGUUGAAAUUCAGCCUGUACUGUAUCUUCAAAUCAAAUUCAAUGUACUGUAAAUGUUUUUGUGACCCUUGAAUCCACUCUCAUGUAUCUAGGUGUUUAUCCCCUAAGGUCUGCCCUUUGUUGUAGCCUACAAAAAGACUAGGAAUCUCAUCGUCUACAUGUUUGAUUUAAAUUGACAUUGAUCUGUUUUAUUUGCCUUUUGAGGCAUAUAGCAGGGAAGGUGGGUGAUGUUGAAAUGCUUCAACGGACGUUUAUAUGGGCUAGUUGAGGAUGGUUCCGAUCCAUCGACCUCUGUGUUAUGGGCCCAGCACGCUUCCGCUGCGCCACUCUGCUUUCAUCCACCCCAGAUGAGACUCUGAUGAUGAGUCUCAAUCACUGGUUUAGGAGGCCAGAGCCUUAUCCAUUAGGUCACUAGGGCACUGUUAAAUAGGAAAUAACUAUAUGAACUGUCAGAAGUAGUGAAAAUAAAUCUGCAUGGGAAGGUCUGAGGCCUGCCCAUGGAAUGAGGCUUUUUUCAUCCCUGUUUGCACUUCAUAGUUAAAAUCUAACUGGAUAACAGAGAAUGGGAUUCAUUGACAUCUGGGUUAUGAGCCCAGCACGCUUCCCCUGCGCCUCUCUGCUUCCCAUGUCUUCUGCUGAGGAAGGAGGCAUAUAGCAGGGAAGGUGGGUGUAUAAUGUUAACACUCUUCAAUGGAAGUUUAUAUUGUAUUUAAUCAGAUCACAGUAACUGCUACUGUGUUACUGUGUUUCCUUUCAGCUGUCGAGCGGUUCAACCAAACAAGGAAGUAGCGUCCCAUGCUCUGGUUAGAUAAGCCAGUUUAGCGCCUGACAUUAACAACAAACAAAUGAGUCUCCAAAUGAUUUGUUAAUUCAGUGGUACCUUGUAACAUCUCUCUUAGUGCACAAUGGCUGUAUUCAAUAGGCACCAAAUGGAAGAAAACUGACUGUAACUGACUGUACUUAGACUUGUCUAAUAAGAAACGCUCAUUUUGUUUUCUGUUGCAUAAACAUUUGAAAACAUUUUCAGCUAUGUUCCCUAAUGAAUACAACCCAGGAUGGCUUGUAUAAUAUUCACUAGGUAUAAGUUCAGAUGGUCUAGUUCCUUGCAUCAGGUGACUCGCCCACCUUCUCGAGAUCAUAUGACCGUGAUGUCACAGAUGUUGCUAUUAGCACUCGUGUCCUGUUUUAUUCCUGACCAUUACAGGCUUUACUAGCUUCCUUCUUCAACAAGGGUUAUUUAGACAACAAGCCCCAAAAUGCAGUACUUACAGUUGGGGGGACUUUGAGAUACAGAUCAAGUUUAUUUGCACAAUCAAAAUGAUUGUUUUUAUUAGUUUGUGGCACCAGCUCAUUUGCUUGGAGGGAAACAGGUACAAUAGCACCUGCCUUAACAGUAUAUCCAAAGUGGAGGCUGCUGAGGGGAGGACAGGCUCAUAAUAAUAGCAGGAACGGAGCGAAUGGAAUGGCAUCCAACCAUGUGUUUGAUGUAUUUGAUUUCGUUUCACUGAUUCCACUCCACCCAGUACUCCUCAAUAUAGGUGCCACCGACCUCCUGUGAUACAAACAAGUAUUCAUAGGAAGGUCUUUUUGUAGAAACGUACCUAUCACAACAUAAAAGCCAUAUAAAAUGCCAUCUUUACCAGUUUUGUGAAGUUGUAAAAUUUUGUUUUUUUUACCGUGCUUUCGAACUCGUUGAGAAACACUGACUCCACAAGCUGUGUAAACCAUAAACUAGAAGUACAGCUAUCAUGCUUGUAAACUAAUUUUAGUGUCCAAAAAACAUAUUCAUAGAUUUAUUUUAUAAAUACAUCUUUGUUGUUGCUUUUAAUUGCAGAAAAUGAUGUUAUCGAGGUAAUUUCCUAAGUAGGUGACAUCAGAGGGGAGCAUGUGGGAGAAGUGGGUGCUCAGGAUGAUAGACGAGUUUCCCACUAGUAAUUACCAGUUGGAGGGCCAUUCAAGUGGAUUUUUCUCAGUUGUAUGUGCUAAAUUCCCACUUCCCACUUGGUUAUGAACGCAGCAUUAGCCUGGCCUAUGGAAACAUAUUAUUCUUUGGUCUCAUAGGACAGGGGUUACUGGGCCUCUCUGGUGCAAAGGAAAACCUGAAUCUAGUGCUGGAUCUAGGAUCUGGAGCCUCAGUAUCGUACUGUUUAUAAGGAAGUGACUAAGCGCUCCUGCAGCAGUCAGUCUGCUGUUUGGUGUGUGUGAGUGAGUGUGUGGAAUAUUUGGAAGUAUGAGGACCUUCGUGUUGUUGAUGUGCCUUGCAGUGGGCUGCCUGGCUCAGGUACCUCAUACGUGCAGGUCUCCCCCUCUUCUGACCGGAGCCCUCUCUGUGGCAAAUGAGAAGUUUUAUGCAAAAGCCAAAUACACCUAUGAUGCGAUGCUCAAGCGUAUCCGCUUCAAGGAGAUUGGCUCUUAUGAGAACAAGACAUUCGGCAUUGAUGCCCUUCUGCUCUUCAGAGAGGGUGUCAUGUAUACGAUUAACCACAGGAACAAAACCUGUAAGAAGGAGAGGCUGAAAAGGGAGGACUUCCACCCUAUGGAGAUCCCUGCCGAUGCUGCUCUGCUGGGCCAGGUGAUCUUAGGGAGCUCCUCUGGUCCAGGACAAGGUCUGCUGGUCAACACCUGGUAUGGAGAAGUUGCAACCCCAAGUGGUAAAGACAAGUGGAUGAGUACCUUCACUGAGUUUGGGUGCAUACCUGUCAGCUCUACAUACUACACGGACAAGACCGGCUGGAUUCUUACAAACUUCUUCAACAUUGUCGUUGGGAUCAUGGACCCCCAGGAGUUCUUCCCUCCUAAAUUCUGUCAGGGCGCUAUACUGGAUGAGACUGCAGAGGCUGCCAACUUCUACAGCAUUUUCAAAAACCUUACAAAAUAUUCCUAAAGGACAUCGUCUUUCAUUUUCUUAUGAGAAUUUCACACAACUAUUGCUUAUUUUUAACCUGAGAUAAAAAGCUGUUUUUUAAAUGAAUUCAUAAAUAUAAAAAAGGACUGUGUUAGUGUAGGAAAAAGAGGUAAAACACAAGUUACAAAAAUAAUCUAGUACUGACCAUGUUACAAGUCAGUUGCACUGAGCAUUAUAUUUUAACAUUACCAUCGCAAACGUUAAUUUCUUUCCUUACUACACAUGGGCCUUGGAAAUGUGUACUUGCAUUGUGACCUGUCCUUCUGAAUAAUUUCUUUUCAAAGGCAAGUCUACAGUCCGGGUUAGGGUUUGGCCGGGGUAGACCGUCAUUGUAAAUAAGAAUUUGUUCUUAACUGAAUUGCCUAGUUAAAUAAAGGUAAAAUCAAAUAAA